GCUCCCGCUUCUCUUCAAGCGGACUUUCAUUUUGCUGCUGGCUGCGCGCUGUUAACGACCGUAGUAUACACACUCGCCCUAUGAAGUCACGGUAGCGUCACGGUAGCGCUGUAAUUUCUCCUCUCCUCGUACGGGGGAUGUGCAUCUGGACAGGACUGUGUCCUCGCGACAGCGACGCGCCGCAUUCCUCCGCUCCUCUCCUACCGAGGACAUAAAACCCCAGGCUCCGGUAGCUUAUCUUGGACGGGAUGGCCGGUGCUAAGUGCCUUCUGAAGACGCCGAGUAACUUCCAGUCGUCAGCCAUGUUCGAGGGCUCUGAGUCGGCAGCCGCCGAGGGAGUCAGCACAGACAGCACCCUGGGAUCCCCCGUCACCGCCUGCAAGAAGGUGCUGUGCAGUAGCAGUGUGCUGGACUCGUCAGAGUACUGGCUGAGGAAUGAGAAGGCACUGUGCAGGCUGGGCCUUCUGGAGGAUGACGCUGAGGGGAGAUACAACACGUCAGAAGAGUCCAUGCCCUCUUCACCCCGAGAAGACCCAUUAACAUGGAACAUGGACACGAGUGCCACGGAAAAGAAAAGAGGAAGGAGAAAAAACAUGGUCUGCUUUGUGAAUCUGGACCAGCAGAAGGUGGAUCGUCACGACAACAGCUGCGUCAAGAAACUGGCCUCAAUCUCUCCAGACCUGCCCAAGCUGGUCGACUCUCUGAGCGUGCAACAGCCCAAGGUGAACGAGAUCCUGCUGCUCGGCGGUUUGGAGACUCCGGACCCGUCUCACCCUCAUCAGUACCCCACCCAAACACAGGGCCAGAGGGGUACAGAUGUGUGCCUGGUCCAGUGUGCUGGGGGCCGGCGGCCCGCCAGCAUCAUCUAUGAGAUCAACAAGUUCCUAAUCGGGCUGCAGUGGGGUCAGGAGAGGCAGGGGUCCCAGGGGAUGAUGAUGGCAGGGCAGAGGCUGGAUGAUGACACCAACCGCUCUUUCUCAUCCAUAGAGGAGGACUUCCUCACUGCCUCAGAACACCUGGGGGAUGACAGCGAGGAUGACGGCUUACGAAAAGAGCCAGAGUGCAGUGAUGUGGCAGAGGACUUGUCAGAUGUAGCACACAGCGACAGACCAGUGUGUCGGAGGGGACACCUGGGCCAGCACCAGUGGCAGGACAGCGAGGACUCCGAGGUGACCAUCUGCGCCCCCCCAGCCACCAAGAAACGAGGAGGAAGGGCACCGGCGAGAGCUAGCAGUCAUCACACCAAGGAGUCGGCUGGCCACUACGCCACCAACCUGGCCGAGUCGGUACUGCAGGACGCCUUCAUCCGCCUGUCUCAGGACGAACCUUCCUUCGCUCCUGAGGCCGCUGUGAGCAUGUCCACCGGCAGCCACCACCCCCCCACCGGCCUCGCCUGGACAGGAGCAGAGGAGCCCUGUCGGGCACGCGCCUGCUCUUUCGAGCUCCCCAAGAUCGUCAUAGUGCAAAGCCCGGAUAGCUGUGAGGGCCUGCCAGAGUGGCUGGGUACUCAAGCCUCUCACGUGGCUCUGGAGCAUGGUGUUGGUGGUGAUGGUGGUACUGCCAGGCAGGUACCGGCGAAACACGGACCAGAGACCCAUGACUUCCUCCCUACCACCACUACCACUGGACGCCACCCCACCAAACCCCUGCAGCGAGCCCUGGCAUGCGCUGCCAGUGUCAUCGGCACCAUCUCCAGCCCACAGGUAGCAGAGCAGCUGGCAAUGGAGCCAACAGAGGAUGACAUGGAGAGAGAGGGACAGAGUGACCCUGAGGGCACUGACUACUCCUUCUCCUCAGCCAUGUGCGGGAUGGCCCAGGUGGCGGGGGCGGUGGCUGUGGUGGAGCUAGCUGAAGAGGCCGGGGAGGUGGUCUGCGAGUCAGAAGACGACUCCACCACCGAGGUCUACUCGGCCGCCUCCGUGGGGCUCCUAUCUGCAGCGCAGGCCUCCACAGCUAUCACCCUCCACUGCAGCGUGGCUGAGGGGACCAGCAUCGAGGCCUUCCGCACCAGCAUUGCUGAAGUUCUUCACAAGGAGGCAGCAGGGGUGCUGGCUCAGCCCCAGGACUACAAGAGUGUGGCCCAUCUACUGGAGUCCACCCACAACAGGAUUGUAGACGGUAUCACUUCUCCCAAAAAGUCAUGUCUGGACACGAUGGACGAGACGGAGGUGGACAAUUUCAUCAGCGAAGUGGCCGACGGCCUCUUCAAACACGCGUUCGAGAAAGCGAAAAAGAAAAAAGAACUGGAAGGCCCGGGCAAAGACGUCACUGAUAUCCAGGGCUUUCUGCAGGAGAGCGUGAGCAAUGUGCUCUUUGACAUCCUUUGUCUCACUUCAAAGCGGAUCGGUGACAUUUCCAAAUGUGAUAUAGGAUCGUUUGACAGACAAGAGGGUGAUGUCGGCUUCAGGGACUACGAGGCGGCCGCCACCACCAAGGAACCAUUAAGCCAAUUACAGUGCUUCGUUGGCUCCAGCCAGCCCGAUAAUUGUGAAGCCCAAUGGGCAGAUAAGACACCCGUCUACUCAGGGAUGAGGGAGGAGAAAUAUGGACUGGAGGAGAGGGAGAGUGAACCUUAUGAGUCUCACAGCUCGCCACAUAUCACAGAGCAGCAGCAGCGCAGACAAGCUCCGACUAAAGUCCCGUCCUCUAUUAAGGACUGCUAUGACCUCCAGGGCCAGCAGGCCAGAGGAAACAUCAGAGAACCUUUUCCAGAGAGCUUAGCCCACCAGGUCUCUUCAUCACUGGGCACAGAGAAAAGAUGGAUAGCCAGUACAGACAGCAGACAGUCUUCACUGACCCCUCAGUCCCCUUUUAGCUCCUCCUCCACAGGGGCCAUGGUCUGCCUAAAGAUGGACUCAGAGUCCAGAACGACCCCCGUCAACUACUUUGCUGAUGAUCUGGCCACCACUGUGGUCUCCAUGGCCACUGAGCUGGCCGCCAUCUGCCUGGAGAACUCCAGCGGGAAGCAGCCGUGGUUCUGUGCCCUGAAGGGUGCAGCCGGCUACUACCCCGAGGGGAGCUACCUGCUGCCCUCCUGUUGCACGGCCCUCCGCAGAAAAGAGGGCCAGAAUGGUGGUGUGGCAUCCAAAAAGCACCGGCCACCGCGCCUCAGUGAGAUCAAGAGGAAGACUGAGGAGCAGCCCGAGUUGAUGGAGUGCCUGGUAAACCGCGUGGUGGACGAAACGGUCAACCUGGAUGACAUGCCCCAGACUCUUGAUCCCUUCGCGCUCUUUGCCUCCGAGGUCACCGCCCGCAUCAUGAACUGCCCCGAGCUCAAUGUGGUUGACACUUCCAAGCCCGGCCAGCAGACCCGCAGCCGGCUGCAGUGUGAGCGGUGGAGCCGAGGCAAGGCCGCCAGCUACGAAAGCAUCCCAGAGGAGGACGCAGGCCCCCCGGGUACCCCCAACACCCUAGGCCCCGGCAGCCGGCUGGGCCAGAACCUGAGCAGGGGAGGCUCCAUCUCCAAGCAGUCCAGCUGCGAGAGCAUCACUGACGAGUUCUCCCGCUUCAUGGUGAACCAAAUGGAGAUGGAGGGCCGGGGCUUUGACCUGCUCCUGGACUACUACGCCGGGCAGAACGCCAGCAGCAUCCUGGCAGCAGCCGUGCAGCAGGCGGCCACCAAGAAGAACGGCCACCUCAAUGUGAGGACCACCUCCUGUCUGUCGAAGCAGUCCAGUACGGAGAGCAUCACUGAGGAGUUCUACAGGUUCAUGCUCAAAGACAUGGACAAGGAGAGCAAAGACUACAGUAUGGGCAGAACUAAAGAGUGGAGCAACAGCCUAUUGCCUCCAUCUCCCAGAACCCUCUUCUGUAUCCGUCAGUCCUCCGUGCCGGACAGACGUUUCUCAGACUCCAGGCUGACCGUCAACUCACCCAUCAAGGCCAACUCCUUUGACGGCUUUGUCCGCAAUGUCCACGGGGACACGCUCAACAUCUACCCCACCAACUCAGUACAGGUGUCUGCCACGGGCCUGUGCAAGUCUGACUCCUGUCUGUACCAGAGGGGACAGACGGACCAGAUCACUGACAUGCUGAUCCACGAGACCUGGUCCAGCUCCAUUGAGUCCCUGAUGCGGAAGAACAAGAUCAUUGCGGACCCAGAGGACAGCAUUGACCUGGUGGAUGCAGAGUCCCAGACCCAAGUGCUGCAAUAUGCCAACCGCCUGGCCGCAGACAUCGUGGAAACCGGGAAGUCUGUCCUGCAGGAAGGGGAUUGGGCCGGAGGAGGUGGCAUGGUGGGGCGACAGCAACACAUGCCCGUGGGGGAGAGGAGGAGGGGCUUCAAACAGUCCCGCCCUGGCUGCACUCGGAGCAGAGCCAGUCAGGAGCAACCAGGAGGGGGCGGAGACAGCACAUGUACAGCAGCGGGGCCCCCAAUAAGGGGACCCAGGGAGGUCCCUGUACCGGUGAUCCACAUCGAGACAGAUCAAAGGGACGAUCCAGAGUCUGGGGACCUGGUGGAGAGGGCCGGGCGCCACCCCUGGGACCCAACGCCCCCUGAGGGGACAGCCCAGUGGCGUGCUGAGAGGGCCUCGGUGAGGAGCAGCAGCUGUGAGAGAGACAGGACGGCAGUGCCCUCUGCGGCCGCUGCAGUACCCACUGUAGGUGAGCAAAACAAGCGCUCUCUGAGUGCUAGCAGUGAGGACAGUUCAGGAAGCUGGUCCCAGAUCGCCCCUGACGACGACCCCCACGAGGAGACCAGUAGUUUUAUCCAGCUGAGCGAGGGGAACGGGAACAGCAGCACGUCUAGCCUGGGUCUGGCAGACCUGGAGGGCUUCUCUGACAUCCCCACUCAGAGCACAGUAAACAGUGAGGAGGCGGAGAAGGGUUACCUAAGGGAGAGCAAGGAGAACGUAGACGAGGGCAUCUCACUGCGGUCAGUAGUGGAAAGUAGCAGCCACAGGGAGCUUCUGGUGGUCAACUGUGACUUGGAUCCAGAGUGUGUGGACUCAGAGCUGCGCUUGGCCCUGCAGUGGAUCGCUGCCUCCGAGCUGGGCCUGCAUGCCGUCUACUUCAGGAAGUGUAAAGACAGGAGAACGUCGAAGGUGGGUGCAGCACAGCACAUCCAGUUCCAGAGGGUGUUGCAGCUGGUGUCUCAGAAGGCAUGGAGGAUCGGAGAUCUCUUCAACGCUGUCAUCCAGUUCUGUAAGCUUCACCAGGAAGAGGAGGGCGGAGGCAGCUCUCUAUCCAGCCUGUUUGACUGGCUACUGGAGACCCACUAGGCUCUGCCAACACCCCCCAUCUACACAAACACACACACACACACACACACACACACACACACACACACACACACACACACACACACACACACACACACACACACACACACACACACACACACACACACCAGCCAAUGUCUCCAACUGUGUACGCCCAAUGCAUCAAACCCAACCAUCAAGCCUAGUGUUUCUCAGCACACGUGUGAAUCAUGAAAAACCCCUAGCCUGGUAGCCAGAUCUGUUUGUGAUUUAGCCAAUUCAUCUUUCAUUAAUUGUGAUGUAAGCCAUGACAAGGAACGCUAAAAGUUUUGGCUAAAGCAUCAACAGGUCUGGUACUAGGAUAGAAACCCUUUCCUGGUCCCAGAAUAGUUUGUGCUGUCUUGCCAACUCUUAUGGUCAAUGGACCAGGAGUAGAAGAUUUGGCUGACGCACAAACAGGUCAGACCUUCAGGCUAAAAACCCCAUCACACCUGUGAUAUUACACACCCUCUUAUAGGACUGGCUAUGGGACUUUCAUUAGGCUGCAGUGAGCAGACAUGUCUCCCUUUAAUAAGAUAAGCAUGUUUCUCAUUUUCUGGCGCACGGUCCCUAGUUAGACGAACCCAAGGACAACCCAGCAUCAGUUUGGGAUGUAGGCCUUAUUUAUUUAGUGCAAACAAAUCAGCCAUCUGAGAUUUCUAGCCUGCAGAAUUUGUAUUCCUUUCGUUGUUAUAUAUCCUAUACAUUACGUUUUCACAAUCUGAUGUGUUAAUUUUCUAAAUGAUGUAUUUAUUACACAUAAACACAAACAAGGCACCAAUAAAACCCUGUACCCCAUUCCUUCAACCCAACAAACUCAAAAAGACACCAGGUGAUGUUUUAAUGUACAGUAGCUAUCUUGUUGAGACUGUCAGGCAGCAGCCAUCGUUCCAGUUAGGCUUUGCUGAGAUCACUACUACGCUUGACAGUUGCCCAGAGCCUGUAUUCACAAAGCAUCUCAGGGCAGGAGUGCUGAUCUAGGAUCAGAUCCCCCCCCCCCCCCCAUUCUGGUAAUCAUAUUUAUUAUGAUCUAAAAUACAAAACUGAUCCUAUAGCAGCCUUCCUAAUCUGAGAUGCUUUGUGAAUACGGACCCAGAUGAUAGUUGUCGUUUACAUUGGCCAACAUUGUCUACUUCUAUUGUAACUUUGUUACUGCUGAAGUUAUCUGUCAUUCUUCAUGUUAUCUAUUGUUCUUAAGUAAGUUAUCUGUCGUUCUUCAUGUUCUUUGAGAAUUGUUUAUUUUGGAUAGCUGUACAUAUUGUAGAUUCUUGAACUGCUUCACCUUGAUGUAGAAAGACUGCUCUCUAUCAUUUCAUUUUUACUACUUUCAGAAAGAAAAAGAAGGUUUAAUGUCUAAUUUGUACGUGAAUCUGGUUUGUCAGGUUUUAUCUGCGUAGUGGUACUCUAGUGUUAAAUCGUCGGCAUUAUAAAGCACACAAAUCAACUCUGUUGCUGUAGAAACUGAAUGUAUCUUUAUCUUUUGAGAUCAAUAAAUUCAUGUAAUAUGUGA